UCUCCUCUACGGCAUCUGCCUGCCUGUCUAUGACUCUCACAGUUAGAAUGGAAUAAGUUAAGGAGUUUCAGCAGGGUUGUGCAGUCGGCUCUCAGAGCUUGCCGGUGGAAGUCUGUUCCUCCCUGUUUUUUCUUCACAAGACACCUCACCCAGAAAAGAAAGUAAAAGACCCGAGGCAACAAGAGGAGCUGUCUCAAGACUUUUCUCUUUUUCAUAAAACUGUGGUCUACCCUUCAUCAGCUAAGCGAGAAGAACAUCACUGAAAGUUAAAGGGUUGUUGAAGGGACACUACCCUGAUUACUGUGGAACGAACACUGCAAAACAGCUAGAUAUUUGGCUUCAAAAUGGAAUAACAUGCCUGACGUGUUUAGUUUAUUCAUUUCAUUACAAGCUGUGUCGUUGGAUUGAAGUGUUUGGCAAAGAAAGAAAGACAAUCAAGUGUGUCAAGAUUGAAUCAGACUGCAAGAUGCCAUCUUGUAUAUGUUGGUUGGUGCUUGAAAAACGCAAGAAAUUCUGCUAACAUUGAAUACGUCUGUUGAAUCCUGAAGCACAUCUGCUGCACACAUUUGGAACUCAGUAGGUGACUCCAUCCUUUGACAAGAUUUAUUUAUGCUUGAGUGUCUCUUUGUGGAUUGUGAUGCCAUUUCAAUGCUUUGACAGGCCUGUGUCUAGGCCAUAUGGCCACCAAUUGAGAAUGGAUACAGACACCUUGGCUGCCGUGAACUUUGCAUCAAUUUCCUAAAUGAAGCAGAUAACAUUGUCAAAUGACAUGUGAUCCUCUGACUCAGAUAGGCCUUGACUAACACCGUAAUACCAGCUGCAGUUUGACCACAUAUCUCAUUCCAAGCCUCAAAAGGCUUGUGAGAGCCAAGUGCUUAGAUCCUACAUCAGUAGUUACAACCUGAUUUGUUCUUGGAAAAUACUAAAGAUAUUUAGAUUUCUGCUGAGAAUGACACAGUUGGAACUCUCGUGGCCAUCUAUUUAAUGGGCUAAUGCAACUAAAGCUGUAAGUCACCUUCUGAUUCACCGUUGGAAGCAAACUUCCCCGAAAUUCUCCGCAAUGGCAGCGACAUACAGACUUGUUGUUAGCACCGUGAACUCUUAUAACAGCAUUUUAAUUGAUCAACGUUUCCAGCAUACUGUACAUUACUGUAAUGGGUCCUGUCGAGCCUUCCUGAAUGCUGCUGGCAUUGAUUGCAAUGUGAUCCACCAUGCCAUCUGUUCAGAGUUGCUGAGUCAUUCACCCCUUCCCUCUUCCAACCCAAGGUUGGCAAGUGUGCAGGACUUAACCCACAGGUUUCUAACUGCUGAAAACAUGGCAGCUUCUGCUGACAUUGCUACUGAUGAUGGGCACCAGCUUCUGCAUGGUGCUACCAGAGUCAAAAAGGGAAUGGGUACACAAGGUAUGUCCAAUCUAAAAGACAUCACCAGUGAUGCCAUCAAUCUGGCCAGUGGCAAAAUUAAAGAGUUUUCAUUCGAAAAACUGAAGUGCCCUACAAGCCAUGUGACUUUCAGGAAAGGAAGAAAAGUAAAACCAGAUGUGUCCUGCAGAAAAUCCGCUGACUUUGAUAUAAUAUACAACCAUGUUGGCAGCAAUGAAAACUGUCCACCUUUUGGCUUUGCACAAAAAUCAGCCAUUGAUCAAAAAGAGCCGAACCUUAUGACAUUACAUGAACAAAAUAUCACCAAUGCCGCACAGUUAUACCUUCAAAGCCUCUCAGAAGACAACUUCAUCGCCAAAUUUUUAGGAAAACACAAAGCAGAUAGUUCAGACUCAGGAGAGGACAUAAGGAUUUGCUUAGAUAUUUUGUUGAAAUGCUCAGAAGACCUAAAGAAAUGUACAGAGAUAAUUAAGAAAUGCAUUAAGAGCAAGUCCCAUAACAAUGAUAACAGUGAUGCCACCAAUAAUUCUGAUCUAAUCUACAAAAAUGUGAUGGCACGACUCUCAAGCUACCUGAAGAAGUUGCCUUUUGAACUUGAACAUGGGUUAUCUGGACGGGGCAAUCAGCAUGAUCUCGCUGAACUGGUAAACAGCUUGCACAGUUUGCAGCAAAUGCCAUAUCCUCCAUUUGGGAAUGAUCAACCACCCAGAUAUGAGGAUGUUGUCCAGGCAUCGCCAUCCUUAUCUAUCAAUCUACCUCUUCCUCCAGUUGAUACUCCAGUUGUCCAUAAAGCUACCGAUGGCAAUGGUAAGAUACCUACGGAAAAUGAUUAUGGUCCUUCAUAUAAUGGCCGUCAUCAAGAGAAUGGUAUCCAACAACAUAGCUCAACUGCUGUAACUCAAUCCCAAGUACUACCUCAUGUAAGUCCACUAAAUCGCUCUGACAGUUGUUCCUCUCAAGAUUCAUUUCUGUCCAGGAAUGUUGAUGGUAUUUCUAAGAUACCAAUGGAGCCUCUUUAUAUUCAAGAGGAUUGUGACAUUGAUCAGGCUUUGGAGCAGAAAUCAAGAGACAAGGAUUACUUAAGAUUUCGAAUGGCUGAAAAAUAUCUUCAGCCUCAAAAACAGGCCUCUCCUGAUACUUGCAAGAGAGCAGGAGAUGAUACUAUUGAAAUGGGUGAUAAUUUGGGAGAAAAUAGUUUGUGUGUGCAGCCAACAUCUGAAUCUCCCAGCAUCUUAAAAAAUGUAAGUAAAAACCAUAAUUCCAUGGAGCCUUCAAUAACAAGAGCAAAAACUAAAUUAGAAAAUGAUAAGGCAAUGCAACAAGAGGACAUUGAAAAGCUACUGAUGGAUUUAGAAUCCUUUUCUCAAACCAUAAACUCCAGGCACGAAUAUGAUUCUUCUCGAAACAAUGAUAUUGACAUGAAGAAUUAUAGUGAACAAUCAGGACAAGUUAAUUUCUUGACCACUGAUUCAGGAAGUAAACACUUAGAAGUGUCACCCAGUGAAACUGUGCCAUUGCCUUCCUCCACAAAUGGAACUAAUGAAACUAAAAAUAACAAAAAUGAAGAGGAUGAUGCAGCCUUGCUCUUGCGCAUUUUGGAGAGUAUUGAGGGCUUUGCUCAGGAGUUGGUUGAACGUGGGAGUAGUAAGGGUAUCUUGGCAAGAGAAACAGAAGUAAUGCGGAUACUCCAAGAUACACUAUCACAGGCUUCUGACCCUUGCAAAUCUGCACACUCUGUACCGCCUGUUGUAAAUAAAGAUACAGGCUCACACCUAUCGGUUCAACAGACACCAGAGGUAAUCAAGGUCCAAAGCAAUAAAGAAAAGAAACCUGGAACUCCACCCCCUGCUGUGACAAAUAUUGCUCCCAGUCCUCCCCCUUCAAACAAAGUUGUUGUCAGCACUCCUGUAUCCAUAAACAUUCCACGCUUCUACUUCCCUAAGGGACUUCCAAGUGCUACCAACAACCACGACGAGACCAUUGCCAAGGUUCAAACAGCCUUUGCUGAACUUGAGGAUGAGAAAGCUGAUAUUUAUGAAAUGGGCAAAAUCACAAAGGCAUGCAGCUGUCCUUUGUACUGGAAAGCCCCCAUGUUCAUUUCUGCUGGUGGAGAACAGACAGGAUUUGUAUCUGUACACUCUUUUGUAACGAUGUGGAGAAAAGUACUGCAGAGCUGCCAUGAUGAUGCAUCUAAGUUUGUUUAUCUUCUUGCCAAACCAGGCUGUAACUAUCUGGAACAGGAGGACUUCAUCCCACUGCUGCAGGAUAUCGUGGAUACACAUCCAGGUCUAACGUUUUUGAAGGAUGCACCAGAAUUCCAUUCACGCUACAUUACCACGGUCAUACAGAGAAUAUUCUACACAGUCAACAGAUCCUGGUCUGGCAAGAUAACUCUGACAGAGCUGAGGAAGAGCAACUUCCUGCAAACCCUCGCCCUUUUGGAGGAAGAAGAUGAUAUAAACCAAAUUACAGACUACUUCUCCUAUGAGCAUUUCUAUGUUAUUUACUGUAAGUUCUGGGAACUAGACACUGACCACGACCUCUUCAUUGACCAGAAGGAUUUGGCCAGACACAAUGACCAUGCUAUCUCGAAUAGAAUUAUUGAAAGGAUAUUCUCUGGAGCAGUCACAAGGGGUAACUGUGUGCAGAAAGAAGGUCGGAUGAGCUAUGCUGAUUUUGUCUGGUUUCUGCUUUCUGAAGAAGAUAAGAAGAAUCCCACCAGCAUGGAAUACUGGUUUCGAGCCAUGGACAUUGAUGGAGAUGGCAUAGUUUCUAUGUAUGAGCUUGAGUACUUCUAUGAAGAGCAAUGUGAACGCAUGGAGGGAAUGGGCAUUGAACCAUUGCCAUUCCAUGAUCUCCUCUGUCAAUUGCUGGAUUUAGUGAAACCGGAAUGUGAAGGUAAAAUAACCAUGCGGGAUCUAAAGAGAUGCAGAAUGGCUCAUAUUUUUUAUGACACCUGCUUCAACUUGGAGAAAUACCUGGACCAUGAGCAGAGGGAUCCAUUUGCUGUACAGAAGGAUAUUGAGAGUGAUGGUCCGGAACCUUCCGACUGGGACAAGUAUGCAGCUGAAGAAUAUGAGAUUUUGGUUGCUGAGGAAUCAGCCAAUGAGCAGUUACAGGAAGGCUCAUUUGAGGAAGAUUACGAAUCAGAUGAACUAUCCACCCCAGAGCUCAGCAACAAGAUGGACAAACUUGUCAUUUCUGACCUGCCGACAUAAAUUCAAAGCUAGCUCAGCUGCUGGACAGUCAGGGUGACCAGUAGACACCAACUUUAAGGACUGACCACUGCCCGGUCAGAUGUGUAGAGAAAAUAAAUUGUUUAUAUUGUUGUUUUUGUUGAAGAGAUUAUGCUAGAUUUUAUAUCAGAACAAAAGAAGUACAUGCUUACUGUGUGCAAUGAAAUUUAUCCAAAAUCAAAAAAAACUCUCUGUUUGUGCAAUAUGUCUUAAAAUGCAGUGUUAUGUAUAUGGAUUUCUAUGAGAUGUCCAUUGCUACAUUUGUCCACAUUUAGUUAUUGCUUAUUUUUCUAAUUCCUCCCAUUUUAUCUUCUUGUCAACAUUUCAGGGUCAUCUUCUUUCCAGUAUAAAUCAUCCAUUAUUCAGUGCCUUAUCAAGGCUUGGUAAAGUUCUUUUCUUCCUAUUAGUAGUCUCACACUGUGAUUUUUUUUUCAAAAAAAUUGCUCUCGUUAUCUGAAGACAGUCCCAGCCAAAUGAGCUGAAAAACCUAGUAUAAAGGCCCAACUGGAUAAAAUGCUGUGUGGUUGUUUGCAGGAGGCAACACUGACACAUAGGCAUUCAUAUGGCUCUUGAACAUAGUAAAACAUCAAAUCUCACAUGCUGCAUUGCAUGGAAAAUAUUUAAUGAAAUGCGCAGAAUUAGACCAGCGAAUUGGCUGGCCCAAAGGAGAUGGCUAAUUUUCCAUUUUCUUUACAUGUUCUAUAUUUUCUCAUUUGUGGAAGUUUCUACAAAUUGCGGGGGAGAAAAGCAUUUUUUUCUUAUAAGAGCAAUUCAGUAUCUUGCACUUGCUCAGCGAGUUCAGUUCACAAACAUCCCCAGGAAACCUUUCUGAACUUGUUCCUUGGGUUCUUGUAGGUACCUCUUCCUGCUUCCAUUUGCUGUUCCAUUCAAAUAUUUGCCUGAUUGCGUCUGCUCUUUUGAUGCGCUCGAAUUGCUGCUACUGUGGGGAUACAUUCUUUCAUUCAACACUGGUUUCACAGUUUGGAUGCUGUUUAAAUCAUGUUUAGUUACUGGGGAGUUCCUGUUUGCUAACCAUAAAUUCACAAAUCAAUGCUGGAGGUUCAAGAGAAAAAAAAAACAUAUUUUCAUAUUUUGACACAUUAACAGUCCACUUCAGUCUUUACUCAGUCUUAAAAAUUUUUCAAAAUCUACUCUGUAUUGAACAAGAAUCUUACCCCUUCAGACACCAAAGUCCUUAAAACUAUUAAAAAAAAACUCCCUGUCACAAAACCAGACUGAAUUCAACAUGAAAACAUAUCAAGGUGCCUUCUGUUUCUGAAUGUUAAAGGAAGUCUGUAAAUUUAGCAAAUUCAAUGGUCACAAACAUUAAAUAGUUAAGAGAGUGCAGGUUACUGAUAUUAAAAGUUUAAUACUAGUUUAAAGAAAAGGCAUUGUAAUCGUUCAGUCAAUGCAAUUAAUUUUUAUUCUGAUGAGUGCAAAUUGCAGGUUUAUUUAGAAAUGUUGUAUAAUAUCUCGCAGUUCUCGGUUUCAUGCACGAGGUUAUUAUUUCUGAUCUUUGGUGGUUUCCCAGUUACAAUUGUAUUCAAAUUUCCAUUUGAUAUUGAGCCUUUGGGUCUGCUGUUUAAUGGACUUCACUGGGCAAUGGCCAAGGGGUAUUAUCACUAGACUAUUAAUCCAGAGACCCAGGUAAUAUUGUGGGGACCUGGGUACAAAUCUUACGGAUGGUGGAAUUUGAAUGGAAUUAAGAGUUUAAUGAUUACCAUGAAACUGUUGUGAAUUGUCAGGAGAACCCUAAUGCACUCUAGGGAAAGAAGUUUACCCUAAAUGUGACUCUGGACCCACAACUGCCCUCUGGGCAGUUAGGCCAGCAUUUAUCACCCAUCCCUAUCUAGUGAUGCCCACAUUCUGUGAAUUAAUAAAAAGAAUGUUCCUCCUGGGGAAUCCAGUCCUAUUGUGGAAAAUCUCAUUGCGAGUCCUUAAAAUUCCUUUUAGUCUAGAAUUUCCCAGCUUUUACAGAAAAUCUUUCUUGUUUCACCCUGACCAUUUUACUUGCAACCAUAAUGAGUGUUCCAACAAACAACAAUGAAGCAAUGUGGUGUCACAAUACUGAAUGGAGAAAAACAUUUUGAUUUUCAAAUGGUGUUUUCACAGAACACAGGCAAGGGUAUGAUUAAGCACUGAUUAAAGGCAAUGGCAUUGUGUUAUUAGAUAUCAAUUAAUUCUAGUCCCAAAGUCCUCUUUUCUAUAAUGUAUCAAAAGUACAGUGAACCAAAGACAGACCUGCAGUUAGGAAGUUGUAAUUGAGUUUUCCUGAUACUAUGCUCAACGAACUUGCUUUCUGUUCUCCCUGGCCCCCUAUCAAUCCUUCUUCAAUAAUUACUCUGGACUUGUCAUUAUUGAUACAUAAUCAAAAAGCACAGAAAAUGCUGGCAGAAUAAAGUGAGUCCUUCAGAAUAAGUCACUGAAGGCUAACAUUGCAAGUGCAGCAGGCUAUUAGAAAGACUAAUGGUCUGUUAGCCUUUAUUGCAAGAGAAUUUGAGUACAGGAGUAGUGAAAUCUUGCUUCAACUGUAAAGGAGCUUGGUUAGACCACACCUAAAGUAUUCUGUACAGUUUUAAACUCCUGAUCUCAGGAAAGAGAUUUUUUGCCAUAGAGGUUGUGGAUUGAAUGUUCGCUGGAUUUGUUUCCAGGAUAACAGGACUUUCCUGUGAAGAAAUCUUAGGCAACUUAGGCCUGUAUUCUGUAGAGUUUUAAAUCAUGAGAGGUGAUCAUAUUGAAACAUAUAAAAUCCUUAAAGGAAUACACAGGGUAGAUGCAAGUCAGAUGUGUCCCCUGGUUGGAGAGUCUAGAACCAGGGUGCAUAAUUUGAAAAUAGCGUUUGCCAAUUAGAUUUGAGAUUAGAGAUUUUUUUUUCUACGUUGAGGGUUCUGACCCUUUGGAAUUCUCUACUACAGGUGGCUAUGGAGCUCAGUCUUUGACUGUUUCAGGUUGAGAUUGAUAGAUUCCAGAUUACCAGUGGCAAACAGGUUUGUGGGGAUGGGGUGGGUAAAAUGCAUUGAAGUGUUCAAUCAGCCAUGACUUCAUUGAACAACAGGCUGAAUGGUCUACUCCAUUCCUACAUUCCUAUGAAUCAACUCAUUAAUGUCCUGUUUGUGAUUAAAUCUUUCUUACCCAAAUAUAUAGACACACACAGUCUCCCUCACUCUCUCUCUCCUUUUCUGUCUCUCACAAACACACACUCAUCCUCAUACUCUCUCUCGCAACCCCCCCCCAUUCUCUCACACAUAAACACACACACGUCCCAGCCCCCGACAACUUAUUUCUAUACUAAAGGGAUUCAUUAUCUGUCAGCUAUGAGGGCUAUUCUCAUACCUACAACUUCUCCAUGCCAUUUUACCAUCCUACCUGAACCAAAAUACUAUUCAAGAUUAUUUUCUGAAUUUGCUGGGAUAUCAUAUAGUUGCUGCCUAGAUGUUGUGCCAUUUUCUAUCUGCAAGAAGUUCUGCAUGUACAGAGGAUUACACAACACAAUACCACUAAUGCCAACUUUAGUUGAUAGGAGUAGGUAACCUAAGAUUUUGUUGAAAAUUAAUAUUGUGUUGUUUCUCUAAUGAACUGCCAAUUUGCAACACCAGUUUUAUGUUCAGGAGACAAGCUGAAAAUCUUUCGGUCACUAAAAAGUGAACUCCAGAGAGAUAGCAUUAUGAACAUGGGGACAAAAUUAGUAGUUUGAGAUGACUGAUGGAACAGUAUGGAAUUACCGUGCACUUUUUCAUUGAAAUGAUCUGCCUAAAUAGAAAGACAGAUGUGGUUGCUGAUGGGAAUCACAAUUGAGCUUUUCAUUUCCCUGAAUUUUGUUCUUUCCAGGCCUGAUCGCAGACUUGGUGUCAAUGUAAUCCCGGAGUACACGCAUUUGUUUAUUAUUUUCUUUUGUAGCCAUUUAUUGAAAUUAAUGUGUUAUGUGGUUCUGAGUGGGGCAUUACCCCACUUAGCAUCCAUUGAUCAAGUACUAAAAGUAACUUCAAAACAUCAAGUCUUAUGAAUUUGCAAAUUUAGACACGGGAGUAGAUCACUAGGCCCUUGAGCCUGAUCUACUCAUCGAUAAGAUCAUGGCUGAUCUUACAUCUUGUACUACCCCACAUAGCCAUGUCUGUUUCCUAUACAGUCUACCUUUAAGGUUUAUGUCAUUGUAUCUGUAUAUAUUGUGCGAAGAAAAGGGCAUUUUAUUGUUUGACGCUGCCCAAACACGUUAGCUAAAGUUCCGUGUGAUGUGGGCCCCUUCACUUGCUGUAUAAACAGAGGCGGAUGUGUUUGCUGCAUCUGCAAGAUAAAACAAGUUUGAUCUUCAGCAGAUUUAGUUCCUGUGACAGCUGACAGGGUUUUCCACAUAGGUUAUUUCAGUAUUUCAAUUCAGUGGAAAUCUCCCUGUGAAAUUCCUUUGAGGCAAAUUCACUCCAUCUAUUGGCUUAGGUUUUAACCAAAACUGUAGAAGUAGAAGGACCCUUUCUUGAUUAAAUUGAAAUAUUUGUUCUGCACGCAUGCUCCGUUUGUAACUUGCAUGUGUUCUCUAUGUUGCUGUGAGAGUAGUUUUAUCCAGUAGGUUUAUAUUUCUAAAAACCAAAAGAACUGCGGAUGCUGUAAAUCAGGAACAAAAACAAAGUUGCUGGAAAAGCU